AUGUCGAACUCCAGCUCGAAUCACUUCUACUGCCCGUCUGGCGGCACCUGGUACGUGUGCCCGGACGCGCCGCACUUCGUUGGCUGCUGCUCCUCGGAUCCAUGCGCAAACGUCGACGCAAACAGCUCCGCGCCAUGCCCUAACGUCUAUCCCGCCUCCUUUGACACCUCCAUCUUCGACUCUAUUUUACCCAACUUGUGUAUCGACGCCGUGAACAAGGACUGGUAUUCCUGCAACACGACGGACCCACCCUUUUUCGGCUGCUGCUCGAUCAAUGCUUGCCAGAACUCGGGGUGUCCGGCCGAUGAUUUACUUGCCGCUGCGUGGAGCCCAUCCAAACAGGGUCAAUUUGCCCUGUUCCAGGAUGAGGAUACAGGCGAUGACAAUAAUGAGGGUAGUGGCGGAGGGGGUGGGUUAUCCGGCGGCGCGAUCGCUGGAAUCGUGGUUGGGGGUGUUGCAGCGCUGGUGAUUGUCGGAGUGCUCGUUUGGUUUUUUAUGCGGAGAAGGAACAAGGAGGCUGCUACAAUGAGUGGAGACGGGCACACACCGUCUGUUGUCGAGGGCGAGCACAUGCAUCAGAGGAUGUAUCCAUCCCCGGCGUCGCUGUACCAUAACUCGCAAUUUUCCAGCCCUGCCGGCACGACAACAGCCAGCACAAUAACAGGGGCAGGAAAGGAUCCGAAAUACAUGACAUACUCACCAGGCGUCAGCCUGCCCUCACUCUCUCCCGGACAUCACUCAGGAAUCGGGCGGCCAAUUUCAGAUCGCUACUCGAAUAGUACCGGGAGCGAGGAUAUGUCGCAGCAGAAAUGGAUGCCGGGUCAAACCUACGGGCUCGGUGUGCAUGGAGCACAAAAGCCAGAGCCGAUACAAGAGUUAGACAGCAGUGUGGCUGAGAUACAUGAACUGGACGGGCGUGGAGGAAAUCGGUCGUGGUGA